AGGCAGUUAGCUAGCAACAGCGUCAGAAUACCUGUAUCCAUCAGAAGUCAGAUAUCUCUCGGGACUCUGCAUAAUUUGGGUGGAACAACGAACAAGUUGAGGAAAAAUAGAAAUUAAACAACAUGUACUUAAAACUUGUCUACGUUACAUUAGUCCUCGCCUUGGUGGCUGCAACAACAGUUGCGAACGUAGAUGAUGGAUGUGCUGAACUCACUUGUGACACUUGUGUCGGUGACUGUCAAUGGAUGAACUGCACAUUUAGAGAAACUCCAACUGUCUCCAAUGUCUCCUGUGUCAACAUCACGUCCAUUAUCGGUCAGAACAUGACCAUGGGCGCCUGCUCUAAUGAAACCUGCUCAGUGGGACCUCCAACUGUUGCUACUACAGUCGUAACUGACACCCCUGCCCCACCCACAAUCUCCCACUCUCCUCCCCCCACCACUGCUGCUCCACUUACCCCUACGGCCAGCAAUGCAACUAACAGCAGCACCCCUGAGCCCGAGCCCACAGCAGCUGACCUGACCACUGCAGUACCAACUGCCCUGCCCACCGCUAACGGCACCGUCCCAGUCUCUGCCACAACGCAUGCUUCAAACGUCAGCGUCACCACCGCAUCACCAGUGGGGCCCUCUCCAGCGCCUCAUAAGAAUUCCACAUUUGACGCAGCGAGCUUCAUUGGGGGCAUAGUGCUGGUCCUGGGUCUGCAGGCAGUGGUCUUCUUUCUCUACAAGUUCUGCAAGUCCAAGGACCGCAACUACCACACCCUCUGAAGAACCCACUCCACCCCCCCAAACCCUAUCCCCUGGCCAUUGUGAUUCUCACAAACAGUGUUUCCAAUCAGUGUUUCUCCCACAAUCCUCACUCCUCAUGCCAUUGCGCUACCAACCUGUGGUUUAGGCCUGUAGCUUAAAUACACACAUGGGUUAUAAAGUGUACACACCCACAAGUGCGCCACGUUUUUUACUGUACGUAGUGCGCUACACAUUUCUCACACCCUGGUGCAGCUGAAGUGAACUCCAGAGCAGUGGCAUUUGAGCCUUCAGCACAGAGGAUCACUAUGGAUUCCCCCUCUCCUCCCCUCUUCUCUCUCUCCUCCCCACCCCUCUCUCUCGUUCCCCCCUCUCCUCUCCUAGACCCCUCUCUCCCCCCUCCUGCAAUGAGUCAUUGUGGCUGUUCUCCUGUGUGCUGACUGGAUAAAAAGCAGCCUUGUUUACUGCUCCACUCCCCUGGCCCUUCAUCUUAAUGUCUUACCUACCUGGCCUGCCAUUAAAAGACCCAAUAGUCAUUUAUGUAAAGGGGCUUUCUGUUCUGUUGCUGUAUAGUGGGGCUGCCACGGCUUUGGAGUACUAGCUUGUUCAUGCACCUUGGUAACGCUUCAGAAACACUGUUUGAGGUCCCCUCCCCCUUUAUUGUUGGGAAUUAGAUGACUGGACGAUGCAGCAUAGCUUUUCUUCUUGUUUGUCAUGGGGCAGAUCUGGUUAGGUGUUUUCACAACUCCUUUAUUAAAGGUGUUGGAUUAAUCUGAUGGCAAAGAUGCCUGUUAAAGUAAGAAUAAAAGGAGAACUAAAAGCAAUGGUCCAUCCUCUAAGCAGGGCUCUACAGUGCGACCACUUUACUCACAUAUGCACGUAAAUAUUUUGCUGUGCGAACUGGAUUUGUUUUAUUUAGGAGCACCAGUGCACCUAGAAAAAUGAAUGAUUCUAGCUUUAUUACCUCAAAUAUUUAGCAUUGUGCUACUAAAUGUAUUUGUGUGUGCCUACAUUUUUCAACUUAGGCGCACACGUGCUCCUUGUAAAAAAAAAAGUCAGCGUAGAGCCCUGAUAAGCUUAAGUUAGAAUAUUCUUUAUGAAGAGGCCUCCAUCUUAGGUGGAGGAUGAGUUGCGCUCUCUUGGUGUUAAGACUCACUGCUGUGUGUGUGUGUGCGUUUGGCAAACACACCACACACUGCCAAGAGAGCAGCUCAAUGCAAUAAACCCAAAUCAACCCCUAAUUUCUACAAUCCCCCCCAUCUUUACCGACUUCAGCCAAACAGAUUGCAGUGAAGUCGGACCAAUAGACUUGAGAUGACCCCUUGACCCACCACCUUCCCUUAACAGGAAGGAAAUCACAAUGAGCCAAGUCUUUAGGACACGGUUGAAGGGGUCUACAGAUAAAAUAUUGUAGUAAAUAUAUGGGAAUGAUAAAUAAUGGAAUGGAGAUGGAAGAUAAGACAGCAUGCGCCUUCUUGAUGCGGACAGUGAUGUAAGCAAAGUGCCUUUAAUGUUAAAUGUCAGUGACUUAAAGCAGAGGGGAUGAGGGAGGAUUAUGAUGAUGCUCCUCUUCCUCCUGGCUGAGGCUUGAGACAGGACAGGAGCAGUAUCGCUGAUGAACAGCGAGAACAGAUCCAGGGUUGGCCUCCAUUCCAUUUUAAUUCAGCCAAUUCAGGUAGUAAACUGAAAUUCCACAUUUUCCUCAUAGAAAAUAAUUGGGAAUGAUUUACAAUUCAGUUUACUUCAUGAAUUGAAAUCGAAUUGAGCCCAACCCUGAGAACCCUAGUAUCCCAGCUGGACUGAAUAGCCUUUUAUUAUUGAAGAGUAGACGGAUACAGUAGUUGCUCAUCAUGGUCUUCGAUGGAUGAAGACCUAUUAGGUAUACAUUGAUUUAUAAUGGCAUAGGUUGAGAAGUGUCCCCUAUGCAGUCCAAAUAUAUUUUAUGUUUCGUUAAACAUAGGGCCUAAGUUCCCCACAGCUCCCUAGUGUAGUUCCCCCUCAUAUUGUACAGGCAUAUUCUAAUAACCUGUGUUUUUUUAAAUAGUAAAGGGUGGAAGGGCAGUUAUAGGUAACUGCCAAAAUAAAGGAAACACUUGAGUAAAUGAGGGAUACAGUCUAUUGAAAGCAGGUGUAUUAAAAAUGGCGAGUUGCCCAUGAUUUUGGCUACCGUUGUUAGAAGAAGAGAUCUGUGACUUUGGAAGAGGGGUCUCAAAGGAGCAUAGGGGGUUUAAAGGGUGUGUCUCUCACAGGAGGUUGGUGGCCCCUUAAUUGAG